CCCUCAUUCUGGGCCUCAAAGUGCACGAGACGGCGCAUGAGGCGAGUGCGGCGGCGGUGGCGGCGUUCUCCCCUCCGGCGACCGUCCCCUCCGCUGGCCACCUUCUCACCGGAACCUUCAGAUCCUUGGUGGAUCUAGAUAUAGGAUUUGGAGCUGCACCAAAUAGGCCCUUCAACUUAUCUGCACUUUUUGCGAGCGGGUCCGAAAUUUCCAAACUCCGAAGGCCAGUGGCAAUGGCCACGGCAGUGGAGGCAGGGAGGAGGAGGCGCGCAGCGGCAGUAGUUUUAGGAGACAUUGGGCGCAGCCCGCGCAUGCAGUACCACUCCCUCUCCCUCGCCAACCAGGGUGGUAUGGAAGUGGACAUUGUUGCAAAUGGAGGAAGUGACCCACAUCUAUUAUUGAGAGAAAAUCCAUUGAUUCACAUCCACGAAAUGAAAUCAGUGCAGUUAACAGGAAUAUCAAAGAUAUCUGGUGCCCUGUCAAUGCUACUUAAAGCCGCCAUCCAGUUUAUCAUAUUGAUUUGGUACCUUUGUUUCAAGAUUCCUCGCCCUGAUGUCUUCAUUGUUCAGAAUCCACCCUCUGUUCCAACAUUGGCUGCUGUAAAACUGGCUAGCGGGCUAAGAGGUGCUAAGUCUAUUGUGGAUUGGCAUAACUUUGGAUAUACACUGCUCGGGUUGUCUCAUGGCAGAAGCCAUAUCAUAGUUAAAAUCUACUUCUGGUUCGAGAAGCAUUUUGGACGGAUGGCUGAUGGUGCCUUCUGUGUUACAAAAGCAAUGAAACAUGAGCUUGAUAAAAAAUGGGGAAUCAAUGCAACGGUUCUUUAUGAUCAAUCUCCUGAAUUUUUCCAUCCUGCUUCAUUGACAGAGAAACAUGAAUUGUUUAGCAGGUUGGGGAAUUCCAUUUGUAGUGCUAUGGGCAAUGAUGAUUGCAUCUCCAUUGUUUCUACUGUUUUCUCUUACAACACAGAGAAAGAAGUGGAAGACAGGAACACUACUGUAUUUACAGGCCGGGUCGAUGGUGAAAUUUUCUUGAAGCCUAACAGACCAGCUCUUGUUGUCAGCAGCACAAGCUGGACACCAGAUGAAGAUUUCAGCAUACUUUUGGAAGCUGCACUUAUGUACGAUAGACGCGUUGCUGCAACUUUAGGAGAAGAUGAUUCAAUGGAUGAGGGGAAACUUUGGAUUGAUAUUAAGAAUGGGAAGCAAUUUGUCUACCCAAGACUGCUAUUCAUUAUCACUGGUAAAGGACCUGAUAGGAAGAAGUAUGAGGAGCAAAUAAAGAGGUUGAAACUGAGGCGUGUUUCCUUCAGGACCAUGUGGCUUGCGUCAGAGGACUACCCUCUUUUGCUUGGAUCGGCUGAUCUUGGUGUAUCAUUACAUACAUCCUCUUCAGGGCUAGACCUACCUAUGAAGGUGGUUGAUAUGUUUGGAUGUGGAUUACCAGUUUGUGCUGCUUCAUUCUCCUGCAUUGACGAGCUUGUAAAAGUAAAUAAUAAUGGACUUCUUUUCUCAACAUCUUCUGAGCUCGCCGAUGAACUUACGAUGCUCUUUAAGGGGUUUCCAGAAGAAUGCGAUGAGUUGAAAUCCCUCAAGGUUGGUGCCUUGAAUACUGGGUCAUCUUCAAAAUGGUCGACAGAAUGGGAACGUUAUGCACUCCCCUUGGUGAAUCAGGUCAUAGGUUGAAAUGCACGAUAACAUUCUGACAGACAGACAAAUCAUGUACUCCCUCCGUUUCGAAAUGUUUGACGCCGUUGACUUUUUAUCACAUGUUUGACUGUUCGUCUUAUUCAAAAAAUUCAAGUAAUUAUUAAUUCUUUUCCUAUCAUUUGAUUCAUUGUUAAAUAUAUUUCUAUGUAGGCAUAUAAUUUUACAUAUCUCACAAAAGUUUUUGAAUAAGACGAACGGUCAAACAUGUGCUAAAAAAUCAACGGUGUCAAACAUUUUGAAAGGGAGGGAGUAUUUGUUACAGCUUGCUUGAAGCCCUUGAACAUCUGCUCAUUCCAGAGAUUAUAGGCGCACUGGUGCACUUGAGUGACCAUAGGGCAUAUGUACAUUUGAAGGUUGGGGAGAGAACAUUAUCAUAUCUUUGUUUGCUUACACCAAGGCAGGAUGGUAUGGCAACUAGAGCUGACCCUAAUUUGUUCUAGGACCUGACUCGAAUCUCCUGUCAUAUUUUAUUUUUGGGUAAGCAAAAGCGAAACCCAUUUUUGUAAUAGAACUGAUGUACGGUCGUAUGAUGUAAGAUCCAGGAAAUUGUUCUUGUUGCCUCUUUACUGCCACGCUCCAGGUCCAACACAAUGUCUGGGGAAUGAAUGAAUUCAAGGAUGUAAAACAUCAGAUUCUAUAUAUGUUAGCCUGCAAGAACCGCUACAAUAUGCAAAUACCACUUCCUGUCAGAUGAGCAUGAA